UUACAGUGCUAUUAUUAUAAUUAUAAUUUCCCCCGAAAAUUCGAAAGAUAGAUCUACAUGACUAGUCCUGAAUGAUAUCAAGUUUAGCAGAUCUACAAAUUAUUAAGAAAUAGCUUCGUCUAGCAUUAUACUUUUGAUGUGUUAAAAUAAUAUUGUGUUGCUGAUCAGCUGAUUAUGUGAGAAAUGGCGACAAAAGUUACAGCUAAUCCUGAUCUUGAUAUAUUUAAAGAAGAAAAAGAAGGAAAAUUACGAGAAGUUGGAAAUCAAGCAGUAUGGUCUCUGUCUUCAUGUAAACCAGGAUUUGGAGUUGAUCAGUUGAGGGAGGAUUCUCCAGACACUUACUGGCAGUCAGACGGUCCUCAGCCACACCUAGUUAACAUACAAUUCAGAAAGAAAACUACCAUUCAUGACAUAUGUAUCUACACAGAUUACAAAGCUGAUGAAAGCUAUACCCCAAAUAGAAUCUCAAUUAGGGCUGGUACCCAUUUCAAUGACCUGGUUGAGGUUGAACAGAUAGAGAUGUCUGAACCAGUUGGAUGGGUGUGUGUACCAAUGAAAGAUGUCAAUGAAAAGCCAAUAAGGACAUUUAUGAUUCAAAUAGCUAUUUUAUCAAACCACCAAAAUGGGCGAGAUACACAUUUACGGAGAAUAAAAGUACGCGCUCCUGUACAAGACAUUUCAUCAGCAAAAAUCCCUAAAUUUACAAGUCCUGAACUUUUGCAGUAUGCUUUUAUUAGAUAGCGUUUGUAAGAUAAGAUCAUUAUAACUUUUCAUUUUGAAGUUAUGAAAAAGAAGAAGCAAUGAAAUAAUCUGCAAUUACCAUGGUUACCAUUGUCAUUCUGUACAUAAAUUUAUGAUAACAUCUGAUUUAAAUAAACUUAAAGAGAUAGUAAAUCAAUCAUAUAAAGAUGA